AUGACCCCUAUCCGUGACCAGCUUUAUGCUACCGCAUUGAAGUUCCUACAGGCUCAAAGCUGCUUGGAAGCCGACCGAAUGACAGCCCUGCGCACGCCAACCUGUCGUAGCACCGGCAUGGCUCCCAGCAGGACAACCUCUAAAACAUGCGACCAAUUGAAGCCCCUCUUGGAGGAUUACAAGCGAGUGUUUAAAGACGCAAAGUACUCGUUACUUGAAGAGAAUGAUAUGGUAAUUGAUGAAUGGGCAAAGAAAGUGACGAUGCGUGUGAGAGGCCAAUUUGAAACAUGUGUUGGACCUUGGGCAAAUGAUUUUGUUUUCAUUCUCACAAUGACAGAAGACGGCAAAUUACUUGCUGAUAUCAAGAGUUUUCCUGACACAGCGGCUUUGGAGGAGCUCGAAACCCGUGUUCUUCAGGCUUCACAGGCACCUGCUCCAUGGUUGGCUCAUAUGAUUAAGGCGGAUGCGUAA